UGUGUGAGUUACGGCAGUUUUAAGUUGGAAAGUUGUACGCGUCGCUUGCGUUUGCGCACGUCAGUGGAACAAGUGUCAGUUGCCGCUGGACCGUCGAAGCGUUAACACGCGCCGUUCGCGAGUGAUUUGUUACUGUCGUGCCACGACGAUAGGAAUUGAGCCCAUCGGCCAUAUGACGGCGUAGAGCGCAGUAAAGCAAAUAUACACACAAACAGGCAAACAUGUCGUCGAAGGCCAUAUACGAGGCGACAGGCAAAGAUCUCAUCAACAGGCACAUAGGCCCAGGGACAGCGUUGGUGCCGUGCCGGUUCGCGACCUUCGAGCAGAACACCGUCUGGGAAGACGAGCUCGGCAAGAACCCAUGGCUCUCCAAAGAGCAAUUGGUCGUGAAGCCCGACCAGCUGAUCAAGCGUCGCGGCAAGCUCGGCCUGGUCGGCGUGAAUAAGUCCGCGGGUGACGUGCGCCGCUGGCUGAGCGAGCACAUGUGCAAGGAGCAGGCCGUCGGCGCCGCCGUCGGCAAGCUGCGGCACUUCAUUGUGGAGCCCUUCGUCAAACACGACGCGAAUGAGGAGAUGUACAUUUGCAUACAGUCAGGCAGACGGACAGAUACCAUUCUGUUCCACCACCAGGGCGGCGUGGAUGUCGGCGAUGUUGACGCUUUGGCAGUCAGGCUCGAGGUAGCGGUAGACACAUUCCCCACCGGAGAAGAAAUCGACAGGACUUUGCUCAAAAACAUCAAGUCCGCCUCCACUAAAAGGAUACUGACGACCUUCAUCCUUUCCCUGUACCGCGUGUACGUGGACCUGUACUUCACGUACAUGGAGAUCAACCCCAUCGUGAUCACCAACGAGCGCAUUUACCUCCUGGACUUGGCCGCCAAGCUCGACCAGACGGCGGACUUCAUCUGCGCCAAGAAUUGGGGCACCAUCACAUUCCCCCCUCCGUUCGGACGCGACGCGUAUCCUGAGGAGGCGCAUAUCGCGGACUUGGACGCUAAGAGCGGGGCCAGUCUUAAGUUGACGAUAUUGAACAAGUCUGGACGCAUCUGGACUAUGGUGGCGGGCGGUGGCGCGUCCGUGGUGUACACCGACACCAUCUGCGAGCUGGGCGGCGCCGCGGAGCUGGCCAACUACGGCGAGUACUCGGGCGCGCCCACGGAGUCGCAGACGGCGGACUACGCCAAGACCAUCUUCAGCCUCAUGUGCCGCGAGAAGCACCCCAACGGGAAGGUUCUGAUCAUUGGUGGCGGUAUCGCCAACUUCACGAACGUGGCCGACACCUUCCGCGGUAUCAUCACCGCCAUCGACACCUACAAAGACGCUCUCAUACAAUACAACAUCACCAUCUUCGUGAGGAGAGGAGGCCCUAACUACCAGGAGGGUCUUAGGCAAAUGCGGGAGGUCGGCCACCGCCUUCGCAUCCCCCUGUACGUGUUCGGGCCCGAAGCCAACAUGACGGCCAUCGUGGGCCUGGCGCUCGGCCACUCGCCCAUCCCCAAGGAGCACCAGUUGGACUACGCGCCUAAACAGCUGCCCAAACCUACACCCUGCCCCAAGCCCAAGAUCGAGCUCCCCGAGCUGACCCACAAACUGUUGGACCUCGUGUGCUCCCAGUCCCCGACCCGCGGAGAGUUGGGGCAGCCGCUCUCAACGGCCAAGCCCCUCUUCAGCGACCGCACUAAAGCCAUCAUCUGGGGCAUGCAGAACCGCGCCAUCCAGGGCAUGUUGGACUUCGACUACAUCUGCCGCCGCGCGGAGCCGUCCGUGGUAGCUAUCGUGUACCCGUUCACCGCCGACCACAAGCAGAAGUACUACUUCGGCGACAAGGAGGUCUUCAUUCCAGUAUUCUCUGACAUGGACGUGGCGAUGCGUAAGCACCAGGAGGCGACCGUGCUUGUAAACUUCGCUUCGCUCCGAUCGGCCUAUGACAGCACUAUGCAGGCUAUGCAGCAUCCCCAGAUCAACACGGUCGUGAUCAUCGCUGAAGGCAUCCCAGAGAACAUGACCAGGAAGAUCAUCAAGCUGGCCGACGCGAGAGGCGUGAAUAUUAUCGGCCCCGCUACGGUCGGCGGCAUCAAGCCGGGCUGCUUCAAGAUCGGCAACACGGCCGGCAUGAUCGACAACAUCGUCGACAGCAAGCUCUACAGGCCCGGCAGCGUGGCCUACGUGUCCCGUUCAGGUGGCAUGAGCAACGAGCUAAACAACAUCAUCUCCAAAGAAGCUGAUGGCGUCUGCGAGGGAGUUGCUAUUGGAGGAGACCGCUACCCUGGCACCACCUUCAUCGACCAUCUGUUGAGAUUCGAAGCCGACCCCAACGUGAAGAUGCUAGUUCUGCUCGGAGAAGUGGGUGGUGUGGAAGAGUACCACGUGUGCCGCGCCAUCAAGGAGGGUCGCAUCAAGAAACCCAUGGUCGCCUGGUGUAUCGGCACCUGCUCAGACAUGUUCACCUCCGAGGUCCAAUUCGGUCACGCCGGUUCCCUCGCCGGCUCCGCCCUCGAAAAGGCCUUCGCCAAGAACCAGGGUCUUAAGGCCUAUGGCGUCACCGUACCUGAGAGUUUCGAUAGUCUGGGCACUGCUGUUAAACAAGUGUAUCAGAAGCUGGUGCAGGCGGGCAAGAUUAUUGUUAAGGAAGAGGAGGAACCUCCGAAGGUGCCCAUGGACUAUGACUGGGCGAGGAAACUCGGCAUGAUCCGCAAGCCGGCGGCGUUCAUCAGCACCAUCUGCGACGAGCGCGGCCAGGAGCUCACGUACUGCGGCAUGCCCAUCAGCCAGGUGUUGGAGAAGCAGCUCGGAGUAGGAGGCACCAUCAGCUUGCUGUGGUUCCAGCGCGAGCUGCCCGACUGGGCAUGCAAGUUCUUCGAGCUGGUGCUGAUCGUGACGGCCGACCACGGGCCCGCCGUGUCCGGCGCGCACAACACCAUGGUCACGGCCCGCGCCGGCAAGGACCUCAUCUCCUCCGUCGUGAGCGGCCUGCUGACCAUCGGCGACCGUUUCGGAGGCGCGUUGGACCGCGCCGCGAUAGACUUCUGCGCGGCCUACGACAAGGGCCAGCAUCCGCAGGAGUUCGUCAACGAGAAGCGAGCCAAGGGCGAGCUCAUCAUGGGCAUCGGUCAUAGAGUAAAAUCCAUCAACAACCCCGACUCCCGAGUCCGCGAGCUGAAGGCGUACGUGACGGCGCGGUGGCCUGCGUGGCCCGUGACGCGCUACGCGCUCGACGUAGAAGCCGUUACCACGCGCAAGAAGCCCAACCUCAUCCUUAACGUGGACGGCAUCAUCGCUGCCGCCAUGGUGGAUCUGUUUAGACACACCAACCUGUUCACUAUCGAGGAGGGCAACAACUACAUCCAGAUGGGCACGAUCAACGCGCUGUUCGUCCUGGGCCGCUCCAUCGGUCUCAUCGGCCACUACCUGGACCAGAAGCGUAUGAAGCAACCCCUCUACCGCCACCCGUGGGACGACAUCACCUACAUGUCGCCGUUCAACUAAGGUCUAUGAUUCUAUCAUUACCUGCCGUGCAUUAACUAGUAAAUUGGUUUAAACUGGUUAAGGGCUGGUAAAUUUUGUAUAAGGCGGUACAUUACCGUCGUGUACAGUAUUUCGCAGUAUUUUCCGGAUAGAUAAUCGACACAAAUGCACCGUUAGAUUAGAUUAUUCUCUUUUUGAAUAGCGUAUUAGCAAAAUUGUUAUUUAUGAAAUAAAAAAUUAGCAAAGUUUUAAAGUGUAAUAUUCGAUAAAUUAUAAUACGCGCACUGUACAAACAGUAACACUCUUAACUGUCUAUCGGUGGACCUUAUGCCUUUUGUAAUAAGGUUUACGGACUGGCAGUUAACUGUGUGGGCGAUGACAUCAAUAUUUUCGAGCAAUAAGGCUCUAAAUUAAUAAAUCACCUAAUGGUGUUAUCAUAUAUUUGUAGCUGAUAUUCUAAAAGCACGGCAGGUAAUAUUAAAUGAAAUAUAACAAGGUAGCGUUGUAGAGUGCAGUCUAAAAUUAAUUUUACGAUAUUUUUGUCCCAAAAGUAAUUAAACUCAAAAGAUUGAUUUAAAUUGACAAUGAAAUCGUCGAACGAUUAUAGCUCAUUAGAACAAUACGGUAUCAUGCUUACUGAAAUCAAAAAGUAAAAAAAUAAUAGGACAGCACCUACAUUGCAUCUGUACGUUUUCGUCAACGUUCUGGUUCCUUUUGAAUUAUAAAUUGAUAAAAUUUUGAACGGAACCUUAUACGUAGAUGGGAACUAUAUAAAUAAAUAAUUAGUUAACUAUUUAUGGGGUUAGUAUGUGUAAUUGUUCUAGUGUCGGAUGUGGAUAAGUGCUUCGGAUUAUCUAAUAUUCUACUAGAAAAUUUUUCAAACUCGUUUUAUUAGAGUGCGUUGGGAUGAGGUUGAAGGGUUUUUUAUGAGGGGUAAGAUGAAAAGUCGUCCAUAAUGCUUUGGCAUACGGUUUUUUUUUGUCUUACUUCUCAUAAAAAACCCUUCAAUCUUACACCCAACGUACCCCUAUAUAGUUCUCUAGUAGAUUAUAAGAGGUCUGUUAUUUAAAUUUUUGACUCUAUAGUGCGGAAGGUAGAUGCUUUUUUAUUUCGCCAUUCGCCGUUUGAAUAAAAUUAUUAAUUGAUACUGAUUGAAAUUAUUUUUAAUAAUUUUAUUUAAAAGACGAACGGUAUCUAACACUGUCCAUUCCAGAAAUCAAAGUUGUUGGAAAAAUGAAUUUUUAUUUUUAAAUAACUUAUUGAAGAAAAAUAUUAACGUAAGUAAGUCACAAUCGUCAUAUUUUCUUAUGAAGAAAAUCGUUUACUUGGGUGUUUGGACAAAAAAUGUUUUUAAUUAGAUUUCUUAUUUUAUAUAAUAUUAGGUAAUUAAUUUUUAUUACUCAAUACAUCGCCCUCUUGUGAAAUAAUUAAUAAUUUAAGCUACGGAACAAAAGCUGGGAUUUUUAUACAUCUGACGUUUUAUGAACUAAUUCAUUUUAUAAUAAUUGCCAUUUAUUUGUGCAAACAACUCAAGAAUUUAUUUUAUAAGUACAACGCUUAGAUCUGAUGCUAAGUUAAAAUGUUUUUAUGCAGUAAGUUUUUCAAUAAACUAUGACACUGU